GGAACCCCACUCAAUAGUCAAUACCCUCUAAAACCCUAACGGCCUUUCUUACUCUAACUCGCGCCUUCUUCGUUCAACCGGUUCGUCCUCCACGUUCUGUGUCCGGCAUUACCUCGGCGUCGCUCUGUUCAGUCUUCACCAUCGACUCAGUGCAAGUGAAGAGCAAGAGGAUUUCCAGUGAUGGCUUCCAGGCCAGAGCUGCUUGCUCCGCCUGAGAUUUUCUACGAUGAUACUGAAGCUCGCAAGUACACAUCUUCUUCUCGCAUCAUUGAAAUUCAGGCGAUACUUUCUGAAAGAGCUCUGGAGCUACUUGCCUCGCCCGAUGACGGCAUUCCCAAGUUACUCCUAGACAAUGAUAGGCAUAGACCUAAGAAGAAGCAGAAACAUAACAAGAGUGGGAAGGGAAGGGAAUGGAUACUGAGGAAGAAGGAACAGAUGAGAAGAAGAGGAAAUUUGGUGCCUCCAGACACCAAAUACACAGUGUCUGAUGAUGAGUCUCCUAGAAGCAAAGGUGUGGAAAGUAUGUCAGAAGACCCUGAGGUUAAUGAUUCUCGACUUAGUGAAGGUUCUAAAAGUGAUGGGGCUCUUGACCUAUCUCUUUCUGAUGAAGAGGAUACAGAGAUUAAUGGUAGAUCAACUCCUGAGGAUUCAGUGCAGUUGAGCUCCUUUGAUUUACAUUUGCAACAUAGUUUAUCAAAAGAAGAAAUCAAUGACCUAAGAAAUUGGGAAUAUAAGUGGGAGGUGCCAGCAAAUGGUAUGUCAAAUUGCAAAUGGACAGGAACAGGGAAUAAUAUUUUAGAGGGUCUAGAUUUCAAUUCUUGUGACGGUCUGAAGCCAAAAUUGUAUCAGCACUGGAUGGAAGUCUACCAGAGAUCUGGGGGCAAGGCUGUUAAUUCAUCUUUACAAAAGACGUUUUUCUCCCUAUGCAAUAGCUACAGGGAUAUACUUCACUGUAACAAAAGACCAUUCUAUCACAAAGGCUUGGAAGACAUGACGAUCAUGGACGCAUACAUAAUGCAUUCACUCAAUCAUGUCUUUAGAACUAGAGACCUUGUGAAAAAAAAUGAAGCCAAACUUGCCAAGCUUGGGGAGACUGCUGAUGUUGAUGAAUUUCGAGAUCAAGGUUUUACUCGUCCAAAGGUUUUAAUAUUAUUACCAUUUGCAAGCAUUGUGUUCCGUGUUGUGAAGAGGCUUAUACAACUUACACCUCCAUCUUGCAAGCUCAGUGUUGAGCAUAUGGACCGUUUUUCCACCAAAUUUGGAAGUGAAGACGAUAAAGGCAAUGAUCAGAUGGAUGAAAAUGGGCAGGAAUCUGGAAAUGCAAUGCCCCAAAAGUCAUAUAAAGGUUCCGACUUUCAAGCACUUUUUGGUGGCAAUAACGAGGAUAACUUCAUGAUUGGCAUCAAGUUUACAAGGAAAACAAUCAAGUUAUUUAGUGAUUUCCAUACCUCAGACAUCAUUGUUGCUUCACCAUUGUGCUUGGUUAAUAAAAUUGAUGAGGCUAAGAGUGAUAAGGAAAAAGAUGUUGAUUAUUUGUCAUCCAUAGAGGUUCUGAUUGUUGAUCAUGCAGAUGUAAUAGCAAUGCAGGAUUGGUCUCAUGUGCAUACAGUUCUUGAACGCUUGAACUGCUUACCUUCAAAGCAGCCUGGAACAAAUGUCAUGCGAAUAAGACCAUGGUAUCUUGAUGAUUAUGCUAAGUUUUACAGGCAAACAAUCAUUCUGGGUUUUUAUUCAAAUCAAGAUAUUAAUGGGUCGUUCAACCACCAGUGUUCUAAUUACCAAGGGAAGGUGAAACUGAUAUGUGAAUACAAAGGUUUGCUGCACAAAGUUUUACCACAAAUACCGCAGAUUUAUGAACGAUUCAAUGUAGAUUCAAUGGUAGAUGCGGAUGCCCGCUUUCAUUAUUUUGUGAAGAAGGUUUUCCCGAGGAUCAAAGAAUCUGAUCAGGGAGGAAUUAUGAUAUUUAUCAGUAGUUAUUUUGACUUCAUUCGGAUACGAAACUUUUUGAAAUCACAAGAUGCCUCCUUCUGCCUUCUUGGGGAGUACACAACCCAUAGUGAUAUUUCCCGUGCACGGCUUUGGUUCUUUGAACAGAGAAGGAAGAUUAUGCUUUACACUGAGAGAUCUCAUUUUUACCACAGAUACAAGAUUCGUGGUGUUAAGAACUUGAUCAUUUAUUCACUCCCAGAGAGAAAGGAGUUUUACCCUGAGAUUGUAAAUAUGCUUGAUGGCUCUGACAACAAUGCAUGCACUGUUCUUUUCUCUCGCCUUGACAAGUCCAAACUAGAGAGAAUUGUUGGAACUACAGCAGCCAUAAGAAUGGUGCUUGCAGAGAAGGGUGUCUUUGUUUUCUCUCAUUAGAUAGAUAUCUGGCAGCUCUGCUAGGGAACUUCUCAGUAGAAAGUUGCAAAAUUUUGACCAAAAGAUGCAAAAUGGCUUUCCAACGAAUGCUUGAAAUUUUGCCCCCACAAGUUAUUUUUAGUUUUAUGCAACUCAGGUAAUGAUAGGAUAGUGUGUGUGUGUGUAUAGCACUUGAACUUUUAAUUAGUGUUUCUUAAUUAAGAUUUUACCAUAGCUUGAAAAUUUUGUUGAUGGAAAUAUAUGGAAUUAGGGUGUGGCAGCAGAAGCGGCAUUGAAAUCAUUGACAUUUAUAUGCAACAAGCUUUUCAAGAGAGUUUACUAUGUUUAA